AUGACAUUACCGACCGUUUUAUUUACCUAGUGCGCAGCGAUUUUUUUUCGAAAGUUAUUUAUGCUAACUUCCAUUUUUACUCGUGGACAGAAUUCCGAACAGAGAAGUAGAGCAGAAGAAGAAAGUCUUGAUACAAAAUGACUUGCAAACGUAGGAAUGGUGGACGUGCUAAGCAUGGCCGUGGCCAUGUAAAUCCAGUCCGAUGCACCAACUGUGCUCGCUGCGUCCCUAAGGAUAAGGCAAUUAAAAAAUUUGUGAUAAGAAAUAUUGUGGAGGCCGCUGCUGUUAGGGAUAUAACAGAGGCCAGCUUUUACCAAUCUUACCAGCUGCCAAAAUUGUACGCUAAGCUCCACUACUGUGUGUCCUGUGCCAUUCAUUCCAAAGUAGUACGCAACAGGUCAAAGGCUGAUCGUCGUAUCAGGACACCUCCUGCCCGCAACUUCCCCAGGGAUAUGCGCCAAGGCCAGCCAAACAGGAAAUAAUUCAAUUUUAUUACAUAAAAAUAAUAGCAAUAAGACUAGAAUUUAAGACUGUACUUAUUUUAUAUAAUAUAAAUUACAGACCAUGAUA